AUGGUAGUUGUGCGAAAGAGAGGACAAGAUGAAAGCUUAUCCCCAAGAACCAGAAAGCAAGCACGUACUUUCUUUGCAUCACCACCAGUGACCCCAGAUAAAACAAGAAUCAAAGAUCUCACAAACAUCCUUACCAACAAUAAUUUUGGAGUGAAAAAUCUUGCUUUUAACACACCACCUACAUCUCCCACCAAGCCAAAAAACACCUCGAUAUAUUCACAAGCCAAGGCACUUUUCCAAAGAAGUAGUUCUCAGGAAGGUUCGGGUACUUUUCUUGUUGGUAGAGAAGAAGAAGCUGCACAAUUAAAUAAAUUUCUUUGUGAUAACAUUAUAUCUGGUGCCUCUAACAGUUUGUAUAUAUCAGGGCCACCAGGUACUGGAAAAACAGCACAAUGUAACUUGUCUUUCAAACAUCUUGGACAACAAUAUGGGAAUCAAAUUAAAAUUGUUAGAAUUAAUUGUAUGGCAGUCUUUAAACCAGAGAACAUUUUCCAUGAAAUAUAUUGUUUAUUAGAUACUUCGAAACUUUCGAUGUCCUACGGGAAAAAGAAAACUUCCAAAGAUCUUUUAGAAUAUUUAACAACUAAGCAAGAAAACCCUGGACCUAAAACGGUAAUUUUACUUCUUGAUGAAUUGGAUUAUCUUAUUACUAAAGAUCAGCAAGUUCUUUUCCAAUUAUUUAACUUUGUCUCCGUUCAAUUGGAAACAAAAUUAAUAAUUGUUAGUAUAUCAAAUGCAUUGGAUUUAACUGAUAAAUUCUUACCUAGAUUGAAAAGUAAUAAUCUUAGUCCAGAAGCACUUCAAUUUCUUCCAUAUUCAUCAGAACAAAUUAAAAAAAUUUGUAUUGAAAAAUUGAAGAGUUUAAAUAAAAUAGAAGAAGAGAAUGGAGAUGAUGAUGAUAAAGAAAAUAACUACGGUACAGUUAAACCUGUAAAUGGUAAUAGUAUACCAAUAAUACAUCCAGCUGCAAUUCAAUUAUGUUGCAAAAAAUCAGCAUCAGUUACUGGAGAUCUUCGUAAAGCAUUUGAUAUUUGUUAUAAAGGUAUUGAAAUGGUUGAGAAUGGACUUCGUAAAACUGAAACAAUUGAAAAAAUAAAUUCAUAUAAUAUAACAAAUGCACCAAAAGUGCUCAUAUCACACAUUGCAAAAGUGUGUGCAUCAUCAUUUGGAGAAAACGUUUCUACACGUUUAACAAACCUAAACUUACUACAAAAGGCAAUCUUAUGUAGUCUAGUCAAUCUCCAAACCAUGCGUAGUGGAGAUACAUUUACCGUCAAUCAAUUCUAUGACCAUUACAGUUGCAAUUCAACUGAACAAACUGAUAGACUUCUAGGGAAAUUGAAGAAGGUUGAAUUUCUUGAAGUUGUUGGGGCACUUGAGUCUGUUUCGGUGAUUGCCUUAUCAAGUACUAUUCAACAUCAAGAAACUUCAGGUAAACAUAUCCGUGCUAGUGUUCUGUACAUGGAUGUAUCAAAAGCUGUCACUGAUAUUGGAGUGCUUCAAAGAAUUCUUAAUAAAACAUAG